AUGAUCGCCGUCUUCAGAUUCUUUGUGGCGCUCGCCAUAUGGGCGCCGACCCUGGUAACGGCUCGCGUAUGCACAUCAGACGGAGCAAACGGCUCCUACAACAUCAGCAGCCCAGAACAAGCAGCCGACCUGUUUGCCGGCUGCACGACAAUCAUCACAAGCCAACUCCGCAUCAACAACUGGUUCAACGGGACAUUCUCGCUCCCCGGCGUAACAAACAUCACUGGCAGCAUCGUCUGCUCGCUUGAUGGGAGUUACUUCUUCCGCCAGGGUGUGGAGGCCAUCGAGGCGCCGGACCUGGUGCACCUGGGCGGGAUGCAGCUUUCGAAAACGGCCAUUCAGCGCAUGGAGUUUCCGUCGCUGCGCACUAUCGCCCGGGGUCUUGAGCUUGGGUGGUUUAGUGAUGGUGAGGCUGUGGAGUUUCCGGCAUUAAUAGAGGCCGGGGCUGUGGUUCUUAAGAGGAGGUUUUCUAGAUUCAACUUCGACUCCCUCAAAACCGUCCACGGCGACCUGAUCAUCGAGCAAUGCACGUUCUGCGAUCCGGGCCAGGACUACGCGACCGAGUUCACGCCCAAUGCGUCCUUCCCAGCGCUUCAAUCGGCUGGUUUCGUCCGUAUAGCCGGGAUCUUUUCAGAUAUCAACCUACCCGCCCUCGUCUCUGCCGGGCCCCCAACCAUUACGGGCAAGGCCACCACGGACUCGGGGAUCUCCAUCCACGUCAAGGCGCUGGGGAUCGAGCUAGACUUUCCCGCGUUGACGUCGGUUGAUAAGCAGCUUUAUGUUCAUGAUGCAGUUCUUGGCCUCGAUAUGCACGAGCUCGAGCACAUAAAUGGCUCCCUCCGAAUCGACCCCUCAACCCCGCUAACCCUGGAUCUCCCACUGAUCAGCGCAGAGUGGAUCCAGCUUGAUGGGCAUAUCAAACAAGCCUCCUUCCCGGAUAUAAACACAACAACCACACCCCUCCGCCUAGACGGUAUUCCCUGCGCCGCGAUCGGGCCGGGUCUGCGGGACUCGGGGUACUACAUAGAGCGCUGCGGCGAAUACAAGGCGCCGCUAAGUAAAGGGGCGAAAAUUGCCGCGGGGGUGGUUGUCCCGCUUGGCGUGCUGGGGACUAUUGUUGCGCUUGUCGUUUGGCAUAAGAGGAGGGCGAGGAGGAGGGGGGCGAAGACUGUCGGGGAGGUUGGGGAUGUUGGAGAUGUGGUCGAUUUGCCGCCGAGGGGGGCUGAGGCGCAUAGGGAGCAGAGUCGAAGUCAGACGCCGCCGCCGCCGUAUGAGGCGAGGGAGUCGUGA